UCUUGUUUCUCCUAUAACCUUGUAUUACAUUCAUUCAUUCAUUCAUUCCUAUGAUUCCACUUUCUUGAUUCACACCACUCACAUAAAAAAGUCUUUCUCUCCUCUUCCUACAAAACACUGGUGCCUGGUGGUGGGGUCUCCAUCUCAGACUCUUUUUCCUCCCUCAAACAACACAACAUCCCAACUUCAAUGGCUACUGAAGAUGUCUAUAAACUUCCUCCCUAUCCCGAGUUCCUUUGGGCAGUUGAUUAUUGAAGCUAUAGAUGCCUUAAAUGAGAAAAUGGGUUCAAACAAGACUUCUAUCUCAAAAUACAUUGAAUCCAAGUACCCGAACUUGCCUGCUGGACACUCAACGCUGCUGAAACAUCAUUUAAACAGAAUGAAAGAAACCGAAGAGCUUAUUUUCUGGAAAAACAACUACAUGAAGCCUGAUCCCAACUUUAUCCGUCGUGGACGUGGAAGGCCUCCUAAGCCCAAGGAGCCAGGCAUGCAAACUUCUAGUAGCCCAGCUAGGCCCAGGGGUCGACCAAGAAAAGACGAGUAUGAUGCUGGUGAUGUUCCUAUUCAGGUCCCUGCUGCAACAACCGAUCCUGUGAAGAAGCAGAAAGUGUCCCCAUCCGAAGAUUUUGGAGGUAGCUUCGAUAGCAUCGGUAUGGGCUCAAACUCGAAAACCGGAAGGCCAAGAGGUAGGCCCCCAAAGGUGAAGCCUCAACUAGGAGGUGAAGGGGUUUCAGCCUAAGGAGGCUGAGUGAAAGAAUAGUGUUAAGUGUUAACUUGUAGCAAAGAUCUGAUUUGUAGCAAAGUAACCUCAUUGUGUUAUUAGGAUUCCGUUAAGGUUUGUACGAUGUGUUGAGACAAUCCCCAUUGGCGGUGACUAGUGUUUAGUGUGUUGGUUUGGUUUGAUUUAGUUUACGAUGGGAGAGAAGGCUUAGGCCAUUGUGUAAUGUGUAGGUGUAAUUUGGGUGUACAUUGUGAAUUUGUUUGUUUCUUCUAAUGCUGAUGCCUUUUGAGAAAGGACAACAUUGAUUCUGAUUUAAAGUACUCCCCAUUUAUAUGUC